AUGCAAAGUGUUACGAUUUCACACAUGGCAGCACUUCGUCAUGCACUUUGGUUCGAAGAAAAUGCAAAAAAUUCUACCAUAAAAGUCGUUAUUCGUUUAAUUAAAGAUAUUCGCAACCGUUUCGAACAAUUUGCUGCAUUAAAUGUAUGGAUUAUUGAACUCGUUUCACAUUAUGCAGUAUUGAAUACUCCAUCGGAUCAACCAUUAUCCACCAGUCAAGCUUUUUGCCGCUUUUUCCAGUUGCUGGCUGCUGGACUACUUUUGCCUACAUCACCCGCUCUUCUCGAUCCUUGUGAGCCGGAUCGACGAAUUCAUCAAUGUUUAACAUAUGAAGAGAUGGAUCAGAUAUGUAGCGUUUCUCAAACAUUGCUGCGGAUCAUAUGUCAUGGUGGAUACAAACAUGUACUUGGACUGGAAACAUCAAAAGGAGGUCUUGUAACUGAAACCACUUUUUGGGGUGACGUUGUUGUAACACCUCUUGAGGCAGCCUAUACCGACAAAGUCAUGGAUCCACUCUUUGCUGAAGAAGUUAAUUCUCAAAAGGAAAAAAGUGUUGGGAUGGAUUUGUAA